AUGAGUGACUAUGGCUGCCCAAUGGAAUGGUUCUCCUCACUUCUUCUCCUUCUUAAUGUAUUUAUGAUGGUAUUCUUCAUAAUGGAUUCAGAGCAUGAAAUACCUCAGGCAGACCUUGGACAACUAGAUGAUCUCUCCUUCAAUUUUACUGAAUUUAAAAUUGCUUAUGCUCCAGGAACAAAGACAACAAGAGCGAUAAUGGAGAAAGUAGAAAAUAUCUCUGUCAUUAAAGGUAUAAGAACUGAACUCAUGGAAGAUGAAAAAGCAAUCGAAGAAGCACACAAGAAGGAUGAAGGCAUCAUUGGCGUUAUAUUUCAGGAUAACUUUGCCUAUCGACUCCGAUUUCCACUAAGCGACAUACCUUCUCCAAAUGACUACACUUCAGGCAUAGAUUAUUGUUUCAACUACUCAGGCGAUUAUUGUUCUAAUCCAAACUACUGGUACAAAGGAUUUCUGUCAUUGCAGGCUAGCAUUGAUGCUGCUCUUAUAGAA